AUGUCUAUUCGUACACGCUCACCAGACUACUCAGUAACAGUUCCUUUUCUCCAAAUACAACCGUUUUCUCCGGACUCGACUAUGUUGUCGCCCCGCGAUUUUGCCCGCCUCACCUACAUAUCCAUCGUCAUUCAACUUCCCACGGAUAAGAAUACUAAUGCAUCUUCCUCGUUCAAAUACAAGAUGAUACUAGAUGAAUACGAUUACUCGCAAGCGAAAUUUGAUUGGAGAAUAGAUCCAAGAGGAUAUUUGAUCCCGAUGAAUGGAUCGAUCGGUAUGCGUAACGAGAGUGGAGGAGUGGAAAUAUUGUUGGAUGGACAUGUGCAUACCACUCGAUCAGAUGGAAAAAUGAGUCCCGAACAGGUUAUUCAGUGGGGAAUAGCUAAUGGAUACAAUGCGAUGAUUGCCAGUGAUCACAAUACAAUCACAGGCGGUCUGGAGGCCAAGGAAAUAGCCGAAAAGAAAUAUAACGACUCUAUCAUUAUCAUUCCUGCCAUUGAGUACAGCACUUGUCGUAUCCAUAUGAACCUAAUCGGCCUAACGGAAAACAUUCCAAUUGGCCCAGCUGAACCUUCCGACGAGGAUAUAAAGCAUAUUAUUGAUCUAACGCACGAAAUGGGUGGACUAGUAUCUGUUAAUCACAUUCCAUGGAGUAAUAAGACUGGAACGGAUUUGCACUACCCGACUACCCCAGCUUACGCCUGGACACUCCUUUCAACACCGUCUUUCAGCAGUGAAUCCCUUCUUAAAACUCUUCAUUCCCGCCCAUCUACAUCGUUCCUUUUCGACCCAGCCGGCACGCGCUUUAUAUCUUAUCCACCUCAACGAUCGAUAUACUAUGCUUUUCUUCCGAUUAUGAAAUUGGCUGAUUACUGGUCAAGCUUUUAUGACGAGAGCCGAGGGAUGUACUCAUUCAGAGGGAGCUUUUGUCAGGAAAGAAAAGUUGUUUUGCAUCGGGAGAGUUAUGUGACAUUCGCAGUGUUGUGUAUUUGUAUGUUGUUGUGGAUUGAAUUUGUUAUGUGGGCAGUUAGAUUUGCAGGGGAGAAGCUUAAGAAGUCGAAUUUUGGACAGUUGUGGAGACGAAACCGGAGAAGGGGUAGUAUAGAUGAGUUUAUUGAAGUGGAAAUACCGGAAAAAGUGUGA